AUGUCUUUUGCCCAAGGGCCGCGGGUCGCGCAGCAGCUCCGGCCCAACGGGAGCCUGGCGGCCUGCGAUCCCUGCCGCACACGCAAGGUGGCGUGCGACCAUGCUCGCCCAGCCUGCUCUCGCUGCCGCGCCAAGAAUAGGGGACACGAGUGUUUCUACGCGGCCAAUGCCGCGCGCAAGAUCAAAACCGACAACGACGACCGGCUGCCCACGCCCAGCGACGGGCCAUCGUCCAUCGUGGCGAUACCGCCAAGGCCGUCCAAGCGGCCUCGCCCGAAUAUUCGACUCGGCUAUACGACGGCGCUGGCGGAGACACAGCCGAGUUUGUUAGCCGGCAGCGGCAUGCACAGUAACAUUUACGGCUACAUUUCGCCCGCUACCCAGCCGGAACAGGAUCGGCAGGUUGUCUUCAGCGAGCUGCCGCAGCCGGUUCGGGAGACUUGCCUAGCCGUCUUGCGAGCAAUGCCCAAUCAGCGGGACGCGCAGAUGGUGUAUCUUGAGGGCGAGUUUCAUGCCAAAGGCUGGCUUCAUCUGGCAGCACAUCGAAUAGUACGGUGGCUGCAGACUGUUCUUGCUGACACGUCAUCGUUUAGCGAGCGAGAAACGUUGGAGCGCGUCGCGGAAAUAAUAUCCAGCAACACGUCGCGACCGAUGCGCGGCCCCUAUGCCGACUGGGAGGCAUGGCUGCAUUGCUUUGUUGGCCCAAAUACGAGAUGGGAAUCCAUAGGGCUUCUCUGGACUCAUAUGGAGAGCAUUUCAGACAUUCUGGACGCCCUGAUUCCCAGGAAGCUGGUGCGCUCAGAAAGUAACACAUCGGGUCAUACAGCAAAGUUUCAUAUCGACAGCUGUAUCCGUCUCGCGCGCCAGUUCACCGACGAGAGCGAACUAUUGGCGGAAUUGUAUCGUCGAAGAGCUGUUCUAGUAUCCAUGGUAGACGGUGAAUCAGGAUUGCCGAUCUGGGAGGCCCACGGGGCCAAUAUAGCUUAUCUGAUGUUCCUCGGUCUCCAUACGCAGGAGAGCAAUGCGCCGUAUAUCCCAACAGCGUGGUCCGAAAACAACCGGCGACUGGUGGCAGCCACUUUCGUAUUUGAUAAAAUCGGAGUCAUGCUUCACGGGCAUCCGCCCCUCAUCAGUCAUCGGUACUACACUGCGCCCUUACCUCUGGACCUCCGCGACGAAGACCUCAUUGCGGGCUCUGCCACUCUCAACAAGGCCAUCAGUUCUCUGGAUGAACGAGGGUGGAACACGGAUGGCGGGUUGUACUCGGCGACUGUGGCGAGGGCCCGCACUAUGAUGGCGCUGGUCCGGGACGAGGUGUUUGAAGUUACCCUGAGCAAUGGUCGGAACCCAACACUAGAAUAUCUCAUGUACGGCUUCUCCUAUAAAACUGGCGUUUCGUUUGCGCGCGCCGACCAAGUCAUAACUAAUACAGUCAGCAGGGACCUCAAAGACCGAGAGUACAGUUUGGUAGCCGAGUUCCCGACCAGUCUCAGAUAUGAGCCGAAGGACCUCGAGAAUCCCAAUGCAGACGCUCGUCCCCUUUACAUGAAGAUUAUCACUCAUCUCGAGCAUCUUCAAAAUUUAUUCUUUAUCGAUCGACUCUUGAUACGUUGCGGGUAUGCGAUUCGAGAUAACUUGCUGGAGACGAGCCUUUCGCUGGCGAUGUUGGCUCUCCACCUUUGGAUUCACAAGGAACAGUUUGCAGGCGCUAUCGUACAGCGCAGCUUUGAAUGGAUUAUGCUCUCGUAUGGUGCUCCCGCGGCGGGUAUCUUGUGCCAGGAGGUACUCGGUGCGGGCGAGCACAGCAAGGAUCCCAACAUUAGCCGAGCCACCAUUAUUCAGCAGCUGAGUUUGCUGGUUGGCUUUUUUGACUGGGUCCGGCCUUCGAUGCCGAACGCAAAGCUCUGUGCCAACUGCAAGACUAUUAUCCAGCAGGUGCUUGACCAGAGCCUGAACAUGAGUCCAGACGAAGCCAUGCUUACCUUUCCAGAGUGGGACUUGCUCGAUCAGCCCGACUUUAGUUUCGAGCUCAUGGAUACGUUUGACUGGUUGCGUACGACUGAGGAAUAG